AUUAAUAACAUGCAAGUCAAUUCAUACCAGACUGAAAAAAUAUGUUCACAAGUGAAAUAUUAUUAUGGAUUGAUGAGGAUCGCAAAUAGUUGCACACAUUACACAUGCGUACAAAUGCAGAAAUUGACGUUAUAGUCCUAAGAAUUGCGUAGGUGCCGAUCAUUCGGCAAGUAUCCUUCUCAAGUGUCGUCACGCGAAUUCAAUUCCUAAUUAAAUUGCUCUACAUCUGUGCUCCCAGGAUCUCAUAUAAAAACUGCCCUUGUAAAAAUUUUGAUUAAUCAAAGUAUUCCUAAAACGCGUAAUUCUUACAACCAUGAGUCUAGUAAGACAAAAUUUUCACGUUGAGUGUGAGGAUGCUUUGAAUAAGCAAAUCAACUUGGAGUUAUAUGCUAGUUACGUAUAUCUCUCGAUGGCUUAUCACUUUGAUCGUCAAGAUGUUGCACUCCCAGGACUCAGUAGUUAUUUCAAAAAAGCUUCAGAUGAAGAACGAGACCAUGCCAUGAAGUUCUUGACCUACCAAAACAAAAGAGGUGGCAAAAUUGUAUUAACCGAAAUUAAGAGCCCAGAUAAGGGUGACUGGGGUACUGGGAGGGAUGCUAUGAUCGAGGCUCUCAAUUUGGAGAAAUUCGUUAAUGAGAAUUUGCUGAACCUACACGCCCUGGCAUCUAAUAACAAUGAUCCAAAUCUACUAGACUUCUUGGAGACGGAGUUUUUGCAGGAACAAGUAGAUUCUAUCAAAGAAAUUGCAGAUCAUGUGACUAAUCUUGAAAGGGUUGGCGAAGGCCUUGGUAUUUUCAUGUUUGAUAAAGAAUUGCAACAUUCAGAUUAGAGUUCUAUUUCAAGGUUCUAGAUACACAGACGUUUUUAUUCAAAGUAGCUCUCAAAUCUAUAGAUUAUGAGAAUGCCUCGAUUAGAAAUGUUUUGUAGUAUAUAGAAUGUAUGCAGAAAAAUAUGUAUUGAUAAAAGAGACUUUCCGCUAUAUUGAAAAGAGGAAUAAUUUAUAGUCAAUUCUGAACGUAAUUAAUUAGUCAAUAUUUUCAUAUGAUCAGCUUUUAUGGGUCGCCUCUGACAACACUGCAAUUGUUGUUCACAGAUGUUUGAGAAAAAGAAUAAAUGCUUUUUCUCAAUUACUGUGCUAAUUAACCAUCAUCUAUAAGCCUCAAACGAUAUCCUCUACCUACAUCGUACUAAAAAAAAAACUUGAUAUAUCCCCUUAUUCAUCUAUUUAGUGCUUUUAAUAUUAUGCAAUACGCGCACAAUGAAUAGCACCUAUUUAUGUACUAUAUACGCUUACACUGAGCAGAAGUAUUCUGCCACAAAGGAAUAUUGUGAUAUUCAUAUUAUAUGCAUGUAUACUUCAUCUCACUAAAAUGCAAUAAAGAUAUUUGAAGAUUCAACCAA